AUGGGCUGCUCCGGAUCGAAGGGCCGCGCCGCUCCGAUGGCAGACACUCGCCCAGAUCCUGAGAAUGAGGCGCCAGCGGUGGACAGAGUCGAAGCAGUGGCAUCGCCUGCCAUGCAGGAAGUUUCAGCGGCCAUUCCGGAGGAACAUGACGCGCAGAAGGAGAUCGAAGAGCAGACGGUGCCGGCAGAAGUCCAGUUUGUCGAAGACACACAGGAGGAAGAGACCCUAGCACAGCCUACCGCGGACAGCGCGGUGCAGCCAGAAACAGACACCCUCCCUGAGCUUGUGAAAUCCUUGGACAGGGACACACAAGCCGACGAUGGAGAGACGGUCACUACGGCCCCAAAGGAAGAUGACUCCGUGGUACCUGGCACAGAGGACAAGCUUGAGGACGCUUCCAUCAACACCCGCAGCACCUCUCUAGAUUCCUUGGAUUUCUGCGGCAUGGCGUCCGUGCGGCUCUGCAUGCAUGAUGCGGCAGUGCCACGAGCUUGUGCACUGAGUCUGUUUGCCCGGGCAGAGCAGCAGUCCACCCAGACCGAUCUGAUUUCGCAAAACGCCUGCCUCAGUGCUUGUGCCAAGGCUGCCCAAUGGCAGAUGGCCUUGGAAGUCCUCGCAGAUGCAGAGAUCCGGCACCUCAGCCCUGAUGUGAUCACAUUCAGUGCAGCCAUUAGUGCUCUGGAGUCGGAGUGGGAGAGGGCUCUUAGCCUUCUUCGACUAGGCCAAGUGCGGCUGAAAGCUGUCAACGUGAUCACCUACAAUUCCACCAUCACUGCUUUGGGGCUCUGCAGUGAAUGGCGCCUUGCCUUGGAGUUGAUGGGUGAGAUGGCCUCCCUUGCUGUAGCAGCUACCACUAUCACUUACAAUGCUGCCAUCACUGCAUGUGAGCGAGCUUCCCAGUGGCAGCGUGCGUUCCAGAUCUUUCUCCUUCUUUGCAACUCCAAGAAGGGCCCAGUCCGUCCGGAUGUUGUGACAUUGAAUGCCGCUCUGGGCGCCAUCUCGCAUGCCUCGGAGUGGCAGCAGGCGAUCCAACUGUUGAUUACUACGGAGGCGCGCAGUUUGCGGCCGGAUGUGGUGAGCUUUAGCACGGCCAUCAGCAGCUGCGAGCGAGCAGCUGUUUGGCAGCAUUCCCUGCUUCUUCUCAGCGAGCUCCGGCACAAGCGCCUCACUGCGAACAUCGUCACCUACAGCGCUGCAAUCAGUGCAUGCGAGAAGGUCUCACAGUGGCGUUCUGCACUGCUCUUGAUGGCCGAGUUGGAGGAGCAGCGGCUGCAACCAAACGUAGUGACUGUGAGCGCUGCCGUCAGCGCCCUGGAGAAGGUCGCCCUCUGGCAGGAAGCUCUGGAGCUCCUUUCAGACUCAGAGUCCAACUCGGAGUCAAACAUUGUCACCUUCAGUGCGGCCGCCAGCGCCUGUGAAAAGGCCGCCGCAUGGGAGGCGGCAGUGAGCCUUGUGGCCUCCUUGGCGCCACGAAGAGUGCAGCCUGACAAGCUCAUCUUCACGGCUGUGGCAGGUGCGUGUGUGAAGGUCCUGGAGUGGGAACAGGCGCUGUGCGUGCUCAGAGAACUUCCACGCCGUGGUCUGCAAGUUGAUUCAAUCCUCAUCUCUGCCGGUGUCGUCUCCUGCAGCAGAGGGCGGCUUCGGCAAAAGGCUGUUGUCAUGCUGGACCAGCUGGGUCCGCUCAGCAUCCAGUCCAUGACGUCGUUGUGCAGGGAAGGCUGA